GUCGGGCCCCUCUUCUAUAAGAAAGUACUUUUCUGUGUUUUUUUCUCGAAAGAGGAAGAUGAUAUACGAUGGCUCAUUGCCAUACAAAUCACCUAAUUCUAUCCGAAAGGCUCCAGUGCUCCACCAAGAAUUCGCUACGAACUUCAUCAACAUCAGUAUUGGAUCAUCCCUAAAUGGGAUCAACAGUGUGGAAAUACCAUUUAGCCCCUGCUAUACUGUUACUGCCAAAGCCAUUAUUGGGUCUUCAAGAAAAUCUGUGAAAUCUUGGAGCUCUUCAAACCCUCAAUCAUCACCACAACCACACUUAGCAUUAGCUGGAGGAGAAGAAGUGGAAUUGGAGCAUGAGCAUCAGCUGAAGGACAAUAAUGGAAUUUCAAGAAAAGAAAGCUCUGGUUAUCUGGUCAGGGAUCAUGAGUAUGGAUGGCAAGUAAGGAAGAUGGUCCAGAGUGAGGAUGAGAUUAGGGAAGUAGCUAAUGUUCAAGCUGAGGCAUUUUAUGAACCAGUCUUCUUCUUCAAUGCUCUCUUCUUUCAUUUUUUCAAGGCCGAGGUGCUUUCUGGGCUUCUUUACAGAUUGAAGAACUCUCCACCUCAGAGGUAUGCAUGUUUGGUGGCGCAACAUUGGAAGGAUACAGCGGCAGAGAUGAAAGCAGUGGUUGGAGUGGUCGAUGCAACUGUGUUUAGAGACCGUAAUGUUCUUCGACAUCUUCAAGGAGCAAAUGAAUAUCUUUACAUUUCUGGGAUUGCUGUCUUACGCAAAUGCAGGCUGUCCUGAACGACAUCUACAUACAAAUUGACAGCAUGUCAACUGCAAAGGAGACAUGUGAUGAGAUUUUCAAGAUAGUGCAAGGAACUGAAAUUGGUGUGAAGGAGGCAAAAGGUAGCAACAACGUUGUUAAAAGCAUGUGAAAUGGUAGCCAAUCAGUGGGGCUUCGAGUAUCUUGUACUGAUGGCUUAUGAAGACGACCUGGGAGCUCAAACACUAUACACUAAUGUUGGCUACAAAGUUGUCUCAAAAGAUCCUCCAUGGUUGACCUCUUGGAUUGGCCGAAGAAGACGGGUUCUUAUGGUCAAAAGGUCCAAUGAAGUGAACUCACUCUAAUUUUUGCAUGCAUCAACAACUUUGUGUUGUGCUAAAUGAAAGAAGGGAAAACAUGUCAUAAACCCAAUUUAGUUUUAUGAUUGUUAUAGUGAUUGAGGAAAGUUUGUGAAGAUGUUAUGAAUUUGACAAGAAUAUUCAUCUUUAAUUCCGAUUCAACCGAUUUUGAAUUA